AUGAAGUCAUCACACCUCGCCUUCUCGUCGCUGUGUCGAGCUGCAAAUCCCGUCGCAACCCUCCGGUGUCCUGCACAACGACAUCUCCAGAAUCGAAUACCCAUUCGCUUCAAGUCAGCUAGUUCUUCGAAAGUCAAAUACGUUCCCGCGAAGCCAAUCCCAGUGGCGCCUCGACAGGCCCCUACACAACUCCCGUCUGCAUCCAAACCCGGUCAGCAUUGGCGGCCAACUCCUCGACAAGUCGUUACGCCGGAAAAGAUUUUGAUAUAUCAUGGCGGAACAGGGAAGAUUGUCUUCCUGGGGGUGUUGCGGACAGCAACGCUGUUCAUCUGCGGAGCCUCGACUAUGAUCAUAGCUCCGGCUUUUUUUGCGGACGAGUUUCCAGCAUAUCUGGCACCAUUAAUUGUCAUUGGCGGAGCGCUCCCUCUGAUUUUCGUUGCAUAUACGACUGCGCCGUUUGUCAACAAUAUCUACCUCCAUCUCCCACCCUUUGCCCGCAAAUCACGAGAGGUCGCUCUGCAAUACGCAAAGGAUCUUCCUUCAUCAGCCGUACUGUCAAUCAGGACCAUGAAGAUGACAACGAUUCCACGGGUCACAGAGGCCCGUAUCUCAGACCUUGUCCCUGACAAGGCCCUGGUACGACCCGUGUCAUUCCGAAAUAAGAACCCCGCGUCUGCGCCCUGGUGGCGAGGGGGUACAUUGAAGCAAUUUUAUGUGGCCAAGGAGAGCAAAACUACAAGGGGCACGUCCAAAUUCUUCCCGGAAAUGUGGCCCACCUCCGUCUUUCUCACCUUGUUUCUCUUGCUCUUCACCACCUCAUCACAGAUUGUCAAUUCUCAAUUGCUACUUCUCAUCAACAUCAUCUCCUCGCUCGUCGACUGUCACUCUCACAUCUAUCUAUCCAUUGCUCUCAUUCCCACUCACCUGUCCAAACUUCUACAACCCCUCGUCCUCUCCAAUCACCAAGAGAAAGACAAAACCGAAUCAUUCAAAAUGGUUGCUACCAAGGAAGACCAAAACAAAGCCAUCCCACUCUCCAAUGCGGAGAUCAAACUCAUCGCCCUCGGCGUCCGUUUCGCUGGAGAAGGCGGAAAGAUGGACUACGAAAAGAUCGCCCACUAUGGCGGAUACACCAAGGGCUCUGCGCAGGUCUUGUACCGCAAGGCUCAUCGUAAACUGCUCGAUGCUUUCCCAGUGUCUGAUGAGCCUUUGAACAUCAAUACCCCUGAUGCAACUCCACAGACUCCGAAAUCCAAGGGAGGUAAAGUCAGCUCUGCUGCUGCCAAAAAGCGCAAGGCUACAGCAGAGGAGAGUGCUGGUACCACUUCCACUCCUGGUGAACCUGACGGUUCUGUUGGGACUCCUGCAAAUGGAUCCGGUGUCGACGGUGAAGUUCGUACUCCGACCAAGGCUCAGGCAAAACGCCAGCGGAAGAGUCCAGUCAAGAAAACUGCGGUAUCCGAGUCUGUCAAAAAGGAAGAGCAGGAUUCCGACGACCAGAACGACCUCGUCAAGCGCGAGCCACAAGAGAACCCUUUUACUACUUCUGGGCUCUAG